UAAACAUAAAAUCAAUUUCUACAAAACCACAAAAGUUCGUGUAUCCAAUGAUUUUGUUGAUACAGUAGAUCCUUAUCAUUUUAUCUCUUUCCCAGAUUUGCUAGCCAGGAACUUUGACACUUGUGUUGCAUUUGAUUUUCUAGGUGUUGUGUCAACUGAUCCCAUGCGAGUCACUGUUGAGUAUGGAAGAGAGAAAAGGUUAAUGAAUCUGGUUGCUCAGGAUUUAAGUGGUACGAGAAUUGCAGUCGCUUUGUGGGGCAGUUUUGCAAUGAAGCUGAAUACUUACAUUUCACAACAUAAUAAUGUCACUUCUCCUGUUAUUAUCCUGCUACGUUUGGCGAAACUCAAAAUUUGGGGUGGUCAGCCUCAAGUUGGUAAUUGUUUGUUUGGGUCUAGAUUGCAUAUAAAUGAUGAUAUGCCUCAGAUUUUGGAGUUCAAAUCAAAUCUUAAUGCUUUGGAUACGAAUGUUGAGUCUUCUAGCCGUACAUCCCAACUCAACUCAUAUACCGUUCUGUCUAAUCCAGAGGAUUACUACCUCCGUUUUCAGAUAAAAAACAUUGAUGAAAUUCCUGAUUUUAAUGAGGAAGUUGGUUUAACCAUUAUCGCUACUAUCAUUGGUUUUGAUAUGGAUGAUGGUUGGUAUUCAUUUUAUUGUCGUGAUUGUUCUAAAAAAGUUACUAAAAAUGAUGAUGAUCUUGAUGCUGGCCCCUUUCACUGUGAUGGUUGUGGGUUUGUCUCAGAUGUAUUUGGAAAUGAUAUGCCUACAGAAAAAGUGGACUAUGAUUACUACAACAUAGAAUUGUUUUCAUCUACUACAUGGCAAUGGAGGGAGUUUCAAAAUAUCCAGUUACCAUCAUCUGUUCAUCAUGUCUCUGAUGAGGCAGUUACAAGUGGCGAGACGUCGACGUGUUUCCUCUCUCCUAUCUUCAAAUCCGAAAUCGUCUACAAGCUUCACUCUCGUGAUUCCAUCAAUAGCUUGACGAAAAGGCAAAUUUCCUGUUCAUCACCUCAUCAAACGUUGAAAUCCCUUAACGCUUGCAGAGUUUUGACUAAGAUGACACCUGUUGGCCCUUUUGUGAAAGCUGCUCGACCUGAUGAUGCAUCUUCAAAAAAAUCCAGUGAAAUCCAAAACAAAUGUCCAAUGAGUAAAGAAGCCCAAAAUAAGGGAUGCCCAAUGAGCAAGGAAAACCAAAACAAACCUCAGGGACAAGGAUGUCCAAUGAGUAAAGUCAAGCAAGAUUCCGAAGAGUCUAAAUCUAACGUGAUUUCCCCAAAAUGCCCCUUUGGAUAUGAUUCUCAAACUUUCAAAAUCGGCCCCUUCAGUUGCCUGAUAUGCCAAGCCCUACUCUUUGAAUGCAGCAGAUGUGUUCCUUGCACUCACGUGUUUUGCAAAGCAUGCAUAUCAAAGUUCAAUGAUUGUCCUCUAUGUGGAGCUGACAUUGAGAAGAUAGAAGCUGAUGCAAAUCUUCAAAGUGUAGUUGACCGAUUUAUCGAUGGUCAUGCUAGAAUUAAAAGGUCUCCUGUGGAUACAGAUGAAAAGGAAAAGGAAAUAAUUGGUGAGAAGAAAACAGUGAUAUAUGAAGAUGUCUCAUUGGAAAGAGGUGCUUUCCUUGUUCAACAUGCAAUGAGAGCAUUUCGUGCUAAUAAUGUAGAAAGUGCAAAAUCAAGACUUAGUUUAUGUGCACAAGAUAUAAGAGAACAACUUGAAGUAGCAGGGAAUACAUCUGAGUUAUGCUCACAAUUAGGAGCUGUUCUUGGUAUGCUUGGUGAUUGUUGUCGUGCAAUGGGAGAUGGUAAUUCUGCAGUUGGAUAUUUUGAUGAGAGUGUGAAUUUCCUUUCGAAAGUGGGAACAGAUGAUCUAGAGGUUACACAUACGCUUUCGGUUUCUUUGAAUAAAAUUGGGGAUCUGAAAUAUUAUGAAGGCGAUUUGAAAGCUGCAAGGGAUCAUUACUUUCGGGCUCUUGAUGUUCGUAGAAAUGCUAUAAAAGAUUCUUCAAAAGCUCCAUCACAGGUUCUAGAUGUGGCUGUGUCCCUUGCGAAAGUUGCUGAUGUGGAUAGAAAUCUUGAUGCUGAGGACACAGCAAUUGAAGGGUUUCAAGAAGCCAUAAAUUUGUUGGAAUCUUUGAAUAUAAAGUCUGAAGAAACUGCAUUGGAACAACGGCGUGUUUCUGUAUUGGAAUUCCUAAAUGGUCAACUCUCCAAGAAGCAAUCCAACUGAGAUUGGAAUCAGAAUGAUGCUCCAUUUUGCACAUCUGAAGAAGCUUUUAAGUGAGUUGAUGAAUGAUGAUAUGAUAUGAUAUGGGUUCUUUUGGACCCUAAUACUAAUAGUAAUAUAUAUAUGGAGCUAAGUUGGACAUUGCUCAAGAAUAAUAUCUAGCUCCUCGUUGCUAUGAUCUUUUUCUGUUUUUGUUAUAUAAAAAUGCACUUAAGAUGAGUGAUGUUUGUUCUUUUGGUCCCUAAUAUGUUAUACUGUGAUUGCUCAUGUAAAUAAGCCUGUGUAAUUGUAAGUUUUCCAAGCUUUUUUUGAAACUCAACAACCAUAUAUAGAUAUAAACGUAUGUAAUGUAUUAGUUAUCGUACUCGUCAUAGUAUGUCAUAUUUAUGUGUGAUCUAAUUUAAUUAGGUAAAGGUUUAGUUUUUUUUUUUAAUCCUCGUAAACUGUUCUGUGGGUAAAAUAAAAUGUUGGAUAGAUAAAUGAUGCAUGUUUGGAGUAAAUAAAUGAUAUAGAA